CUCAAAUCCUUCAAACGCCCCAUCUUUUGGUCUCCUCUCUCCCAUCUAUUCAGUCGCACUGUUGAAAUGUCUGAGGCCCUGGAUUGCCUUGAGCAAGAUGGCACCCACCCCCUCCCAAAAAUCCGCCUUUCGUUUCCACACCGCCUCAACUGCUUCAUCCGCCUCUGGAUUUUCAAAAUUCUAGUAGCUAUUGUUGUUGCAGUUGACCGGCUUCUUCACCCACCACCACCGUCUCUACGUCCUACGCUCAUAAAGCACUAUCCAUGUCGGUCAGUCCUCCAAACAAGGGUUUUCUUCCCACCAAACUACAUACCCGGAGAGGUACUUCCGUUGUAUCUAAAUAUCCACGGUGGCGGCUUCGCGGUCUGCGAUCCUCAACACGACGACGCGUUUUGCAUCAUGUGGGCGAAGCGUACGGGGAUGCUAAUCGUAUCUCUCGACUACCGCAAAGCCCCCCUUCACCCAUAUCCUACGGCAGUCUACGACAUUGCUGCCCUUGCCAACGCUGUGCUUGCCGACUCUAGCCUGCCUAUUGACAAUUCUAAGGUCGUGAUCGGAGGCUUCAGCGCAGGCGGAAAUCUGGCGCUAUGUGCUAGCCAGCUACCCGGCUUGAAGGGCAAAAUCAAGGCAGCGUUGACCUUCUACCCAAUUGUAGAUUGGAGUCACCCUCCUAAUGAGAAGCUGGCUAUGCGUCCUUACAAAGGGGGGCCGAAAGACUCGCUUGAGUUCUCGAGCUACUGGUUUGAUUGGGGAUAUGUCGCUCCAGGCCAAAACCGCCGCGAUCCGCUUCUCAGUCCCUGCUAUGCUAAAAAGGAGGAUCUCCCGCCCUGGAUCUAUGUUAUCGGCGCCCAGUGGGAUAUGUUGAGGCUGGAGAGCCAAGAGAUGAUUCAUGAGCUCGCGGGAUUAAAGGGUAAAGAGGAUCACGAACAGGAUUUCGAAUCAGGGACGUACAAGUGGACGCUGGCGAGGGGUUGCUCCCAUGGAUUCACGCACCAUUUCGGGCAUAAAGCGGAGAAGAGGGCGAAGAGGGAGCAGAAGUGCAAACCUAUUUACGAUGAAGCCCAUAAAUGGCUGAAGAUAGCACUGGCGGAACAAGAUUCUAUAGAGAAGUCAAAGCAAUUAAUGGCGUGAGGCAUGUAUGGUAGAAAGAGUCGUGGUGGUAGGAAAGCGGAAGAUCUUGCAAUGGAACUUAUGUAUGGAAUCUUAAGAACUCAAAAUCUAAGUGUUGUUGCAAAUGAAAAUUUUCAGAGGUAACUUUAAUAUCACUAGCAAAUUUUUUUAAUCUAGAUUGUUGCGAGGAAUCUAGACAGGUGAGAUAG